GCCACAGCCCGUCACUGCCUGCUUGCUCCCUGCAAUCUGCCUGGUCUGUCUCACACACACAGACACACUGUGGCAAACACUGGGUAUUCAUAGCCAUGGGAUCACCUCUGCUCACCCCACUGGCAUUUCACCGUCCCUGAAACAGGGACAGCUUCAGUUCCGAGCCCACGAGCGAGAGGAUGGAGCAAGAGCAAGGGAGGAGCAGCCAGCAGCAGACCCGGGCCAAGUUGGAGCAGGAAGAUGGAGGAACCAGCUUUAGCACAGUGCGAUCCCAGGAGGCUGAGGGCAGCUCCCGCUGCAUGGUCUUCACUUACUUCAAAGGAGACAGUAACAGUAUGGUGGAGCAACACUUCAACAGAGCCCUGAAACGGCCGCGGAGUCCCACAGGCAACAGCUCAAAGCGGAAAGCAGCCACCAACGUUCCAUCGUCAGGUGGGAAACCCGCAGCCCACCCACUCCAUUGGGAUCCUCGUGCUCCACUCUGGCCCACUGCACCCCAAGGUGCCAACCUGUCUGCUGUGCCCCUCAAGGCUGCGGGGGCACCCCUCCCUGUGCCUCAGUACCAUGUGGAUAGUCCCUCGAACCUCCACCCUCAGCCUCACCACCCAUGGCUCUUACCCAGAGUGAGUAGUCACAGCCUAGAGGACUCGAUUUUCUGCCAGCCAAUGCCUGAUCUCCACCGACUGACGCCAGGUACAAUCAACAGCCAUCAGUAUAACUCCUUCCUGGUGCCACUGAGAGGGGAGGGCAUGCCAGCUGAAACCAGCCAGCGACAGACGGUCCCAAAGUCUAACCUGACCUCAACCUGGACAGAGCCACUUCCUGGAGCUGCUGAUGUGAGGCAGAGUGAGAGUGUCGAUGUAGGUUUACAAGCCCCUCAGAGGAGGAAGGACAUUUACUGGUAUUAGCCUGAGCUGUCUGCCUUUUCUCUGACUGGAUGUUUAUCCGUGACCCCCCAGCACCAGCCCAGCCUGUUCGAGCUCAGUAAACCUUCCCUUCUGCUGCCUGCUCCUUCCAAUUCAUUCCACAACAACUCUCUUUCUGAGCUGCUCCUUAUCCUUACCCUCCUCAUCCAGCUCCUGGUGUGAACCUGGGACCCCCGCAGUGUGUAUCUGACACAGAUGAAGGAAUUGGAUUUAAAGUAUGGAUGUGAUGGGAGUGGGACUGUUGGGCUGGGUCAGGGAUCAGUUGCUGCUCAAGGCUAAUGGGCAAUAAGCAUCAAGUCCUUCUCUCUGACCUUGCUUGAUCUUAACCCGGAAUAUUCUCCAAUCUGGGAAGCUCAGAGAUUCCAAAUGGUAUGUAAAGUCUUUGUAUAAAUGUGUGGAUCUUCAGUGAGGUGUUUGACUGACCACCCUCUGAUAGUGAGAGACCAAGGAGGCCAGAGGCAACGCCUCUUCACAAAUUAUAAACCAACUUCUGCAAAGGCACAACUCAGAGUCUACAAUAACAUGGAAGAUCUUCAGCAACAAACUUAUAGUCUUGGGCAUCUUGCAAACCGAAACCAUCUCUGGGUACUACACAGAAACCUUCUCCAUCUCUGGGCACUUCAUGGAAACAUUCCGCAGCAAGGUUUGGGAGAAUUCCAGAUUUGUGACGGUCACCACUUACUGGAGCAGGUCAGACCAGACAGCUCCGAAUUAGCCGAGUUGGGAUACCAGGGAUCGAGUGGAAGGGAGUGCUGGGGUAAUGGAGCGUGUCUGAAAAUAGAGAUAAAAAUACCCAGAGUCGAUAAGGAAUCUUCCCGUGAAACACAUAUUAUUCAUUUACUCAGAGAGUGUUGUGCUUAAAGUGAAUUCCAAAUAUUACCUGCUGAAAUCUCGUAAUAUUUAUUAUUUAAAACAACAGAAGACCUCAAAACUGAAUAUUGCUGAGAAAAGGCUCAUCUGAUUGAAAUUUUUCAUCUUGCGUCAUCAGGACUAUUAGCAAGAAUGCCAAAUAGAAGCAAAACAACAUUUACACAGAAUGCUGAUUGUUUGGCAAGUGGACUCUGGUUUGGAUGUUGCUCCGGAGUGCAGACAAAUCUAACCUGAAUGUGUCCUCUGUAGGAGGAAUCUGAAGGAGGUUCACUCGGUUUCUCUCUCCACAGAUGCUGCUUUCUUUCUCCAGCAUUUCCUGUGUUAGGGUUUUGCUGAUCUCUCUCUCAUGUCUAAAUUGGAUGUGUUUGACUGUGUGAUCUCAGAGUAAACAUUCACGGUCCCUCAAUUCCAGCUACCGGUUAGUGAGAGCUCAGGGCUUGUUACCAAAUAGUUUGCAUUUCUUGGGCAAUGUCAGAGUGACCAGCUGCUGAUAAUCCGACCGAUAAACCAAACGGGUGAAGGAAACGAUCUGUGGUUUGUUUUCACAUUUUCUCUGAAGUUGAUUUUGAUCAAAGGGGCAGAGCUGGGGACAUGCUCACUCACUGACCCUGACCGGGGGAUACGCUCACUCAGUGACCCUGACCGGGGGAUAUACUCGCUCAGUGACCCUGACCUGGGGAUACGCUCACUCACUGACCCUGACCUGGGGACAUGCUCACUCACUGACCCUGACCUGGGGAUAUACUGACUCAAUGACCCUGACCUGGGGAUAUACUCGCUCAGUGACCCUGACCUGGGGAUACGCUCACUCACUGACCCUGACCUGGGGACAUGCUCACUCACUGACCCUGACCUGUGGAUAUACUGACUCAGUGACCCUGACCGGGGGAUACGCUCACUCACUGACCCUGACCUGGGGAUAUACUCACUCACUGACCCUGACCUGGGGAUAUACUCACUCACUGACCCUGACCUGGGGAUAUGCUCACUCAGUGACCCUGACCGGGGGAUACGCUCACUCAGUGACCCUGACCUGGGGAUAUACUCGCUCAGUGACCCUGACCUGGGGAUAUACUCACUCAGUGACCCUGACCUGGGGAUACGCUCACUCAGUGACCCUGACCUGGGAUAUACUCGCUCAGUGACCCUGACCUGGGGAUAUACUCGCUCAGUGACCUUGACCUGGGGAUAUACUCGCUCAGUGACCCUGACCUGGGGAUAUACUCGCUCAGUGACCCUGACCUGGGAUAUACUCGCUCAGUGACCUUGCCCAGCUCAGUCAGGGUGCAGUUUCCUCUGUCCUUGUCCCAGUUUCAGUCACACAGCGCAGGCUGUGUAUCCCGAGAGUGUGGGUAGGACUGUUUGGGGAGGUUAGCACCAGGGGGUAGGGAUCUGGUGUCAUGAAGAGUUGGGGGGGAAGUUGGGAAACAUCAGGAUUUGUAUCUGCUUCACUGUGAGGUGGAGGGAGCCCCUGCAAUAUCAUCAGAGUAUGCUCCUGCCUGACUCACUGUCAUUUACUAGAUCCAUCCAAGACCCACAACAUGAACUAUUUAAAGAUAUUUAUAUUUUGACUAAUGAAUCUGAGGGCCAGUUUGAUUAAUAUCAUUGUUAUAAACAUCAAAGUUUAAUCAUCCAGAAUUUCUCCACAAACGGACAUUACUGACUGACAGUGAAGAUUAAUGGGAAGUAAUAACAUCUUGUUGACCGUCAGUCCCUCAGAGGGGAGAAUACGGGUUUAAACUGGAGCUUUCAGUGGAAGACCCAGGAACCUCCUGUUGACAGAGUGCUUUGGGUAAUCUCAGGGAUUGUGGGAAACACACAGGGGACGAUAAGUGAAACACAAGUUGAUUCUCAUCAGAGAAACACCUGAACAGCAAUGAGCUCCCUCCUCCAGUGCUAUUGUAAAUAGCAGCAUGAUCACAAAUUGACAGAAGUAAUCACCUGAAGCCUAGAAUAGGUCACAAUAUUGAUAUUAAAUGAAGAAUAUACUUUUCUACAGUUUUUUUGAAAAAGUAAAUACCAACCAUACAGCAAUAGCCAGCUGUGACACAUUGUCCAGUGUUAGAGCUGGUCGUGCACACUGUCAUCAGUACACCCCGGACAUAUUGUACAAGAUACAUCUUAACUCAGUGUACACUCAGUAUACAGGGACUCCCUGUACACUGUACUGGGUAUACCUGGGGCACUCUGUACUGGGCACACCCAGAGCACACUAUACUGGGUAUACCCGGGACACUCUGUACUGGGUAUACCCGGGACACUCUGUACUGGGUAUACCCAGGGCACUCUGUACUGGGUAUACCUGGGGCACUCUGUACUGGGUAUACCCGGGGCACUCAGUACUGGGCACACCCCAGAGCACUCUGUACUGGGUAUACCUGGGACACUCUGUACUGGGUAUACCCGGGACACUCUGUACUAGGUAUACCUGGGGCAUGCUGUACUGGGUAUACCCGGGGCACUCUGUACUAGGUAUACCCGGGAGACUCUGUACUGGGUAUA